UGGAAGGCUGCUGGUUGUCGGUUUGCUGUGUUCAUCUGAGUCCUUCCUUGUAAGCAUAUUUACAAUCGACUUCCGGAUCUGGCAGGCGGUAUGGGGCUUUCCAUUCGAGCUAAGAAACUCGGAAUGGGUAAGAUCCCUCCAUCGGUGUGAGAGGGUAAGAUGGACCCAGAAGAGCAGGAGCUGCUAAACGAUUACAGAUACAGAAGUUACUCCUCGGUCAUCGAAAAGGCUUUAAGAAACUUCGAGUCCUCCAGUGAAUGGGCAGAUCUUAUAUCUUCACUUGGCAAGCUCAACAAGGCUCUCCAGAGCAACCUGAAGUAUUCUCUGCUGCCACGAAGGCUCCUUAUCAGCAAGAGGCUAGCUCAGUGUUUGCAUCCUGCCCUGCCCAGUGGUGUGCACCUAAAGGCCCUAGAGACCUACGAGAUCAUCUUUAAGAUUGUGGGGACCAAAUGGCUGGCCAAAGACUUGUUCCUGUACAGCUGCGGCCUGUUUCCCCUCCUGGCCUAUGCCGCCAUGUCGGUGCGGCCCGUGCUGCUUGGCCUGUAUGAGAGGUACUUCCUCCCACUGCAGAAGCUGCUCCUGCCCAGCCUCCAGGCCUUCCUGGUGGGCCUGCUGCCGGGCCUGGAGGAGGGCUCUGAGAUCUACGACAGAACAGAUGCGCUGCUCCUGAGACUGUCCCUGGUGGUGGGCCGGGAGGUGUUCUAUGCUGCCCUGUGGGGGAGCGUCCUGACCAGCCCUUCCAUCCGCCUCCCUGCCUCCUUGUUUGUGGUGAGCCACAUCAGCAGGGACUCACCAGGCAAGGAGCAGAAGUACAUGCUGGGCGCCGAUUACCAGCUCACGGUGAAAUCUCUGUGUGCAUCACUACUAGACACCAAUGUCCUUGUGCAGAGAAAUAAUCUGGAAAUCAUUCUGUUUUUCUUCCCAUUUUAUACGUGUCUGGACCCUGACGAGAGAGCCAUCCCCCUGCUCAGACGUGACGUCGUGCACAUUCUCUCUGCUGCCACCCAGACCCUCCUGAGAAGGGACAUGUCUCUCAAUAGGAGACUCUACGCCUGGUUACUAGGUUCAGACAUUAAAGGAAAUACCAUUGUGCCAGAAUUUGUCAUUUCUUCUUCCUAUGAAGACCAGUCCUCAUAUUUUUUUGACAAAUACUCCAAGAAUCUUUUAGUUGAGGCUCUGUCUGAGAUACUCCAUCAGAAGUUCUCAGAUGCUGACAUAGAGGAGCGCCAGCACGCGUACCUGAAGCCUUUCCGUAUCCUCCUCAGUCUACUGGACAAGCCAGAAAUAGGACCUCAAGUGGUUGAGAAUUUAUUUCUGGAAGUCAUCAGAGCCUUUUAUUCUUACUGUCAUGAUGUCCUUGGCUCUGACCUUAAACUUAGCUACACUCAGAGUGGGAAUCUGUUAACAAGCACAAUCAAAGAAAACAGACAUGCCUCCGAGAUUGUGAAGACGGUCAAUCUGCUGGUCUCCUUGCUCAGCACAGACUUUCUGUGGGAUUACAUGGCACGGUGUUUCGAGGAAUGCUUCAGACCAGUGACGCAGACAGCUAUUGGAGAAGCCAUCGGCCCUCCCCCCACCGUCGCUGAGCUCUGCACCCUCCUCGUGUUCCUGCUGGAUGUAAUUCCCUUGGAACUCUACUCUGAGGUGCAGACACAAUACCUUCCACAGGUGCUUGGCUGCCUACUGCAGCCUCUUGCUGAGGAGGUGGAAGCCCUGAGCUUGGCUGAGCUCACACAUGCCUUGAAGACAUGUUUCAAGGUGCUGAGCAAAGUCCAGAUGCCUCCCUCCUACCUAGACAUGGCGGCCAGCAGUGGGAACUCGAGUCCAGUAAAAGGAGAAAGCAGUGACAUCAUUUUAGAAACAAAGGCAAGUGAUGAAGAGGCUCCCUUCCCCCCACUGAAAUCUGAAGACAGUGGGAUCGGGCUCAGCGCCUCAUCACCGGAGCUCUCUGAGCGCCUAAGGGUGCCUCGGGUAUCUGCCGAAAGAGACGACAUUUGGAAGAAAGAUGGGACCAUGCAGAGGACAUUUCUCUGCAUCCAGGAGCUCAUCGCCAACUUUGCCAGCAAGAACAUUUUUGCAGCAUCACUGACAGUGUCUGGGGAGGAAAGCAAACCUGAGGAGCCCCCAGGGAAGAGCGACAAGGGCAUCAGCCACUCUGGCAGGAAGAGCUCGUGGGACCCCAAACCCAUCACUGUGCCCCAGUUUAAGCAAAUGCUUUCGGACUUGUUCACAGCACGGGGGUCCCCCUUUAAGACAAAAAGUUCAGAGUCAAUGUCAUCUGUGCCCAGUAGUCCCCACAGGAAAGCAGAAGCAGAAUGGGACAUUGAUGAGGUGGUCAUUGAGUUGGUGGGCUCUAAGGAGGACUGUAGGGAGGCCUUCGCCGCCGCCUGCCACCUGCUGCUGGACUGUGCCACCUUCCCUGUCUACCUGUCUGCAGAGGAGACUGAGCAGCUGUGUGAAAUGCUCUUCCAGACUUCAGAAGCCAGCGACUGCAGCUUCCCAUCCUGGCUGAAAUCCCUUAUGACCAUUUGCUGCUGCGUGAACGACUGUUCCCUGCAGAACAUAGCCAUCGCCACCCUGCUGGAGGUGAUAAACCACUCCCAGUCCCUGGCUCUCGUCAUUGAAGACAAGAUGAAGCGCUACAAAACCUCUGGGAACAACCCAUUCUUUGGCAAGUUACAGAUGGUGACAGUCCCUCCCAUUGCUCCUGGGAUCUUGAAGGUCAUUGCAGAGAAAACGGAUUUCUAUCAGAGGGUGGCUCGUGUGCUCUGGAACCAGCUGAACAAGGAGACCCGAGAGCAUCACAUCACUUGUGUAGAGCUGUUCUAUCGCCUACACUGCCUGGCCCCAACUGCCAACAUUUGUGAGGACAUCAUCUGCCACGCCCUGCUGGACCCUGACAAGGGGACAAGGCUGGAAGCUCUGUUCAGGUUUUCCGUGAUCUGGCACCUGACACGAGAGACCCAGGGCAGCCGCGUGACAUCUCACAACCGCUCAUUUGACAGGUCCUUGUUUGUCGUCCUGGAUAGCCUGGCUUGCACAGAUGGUGCCAUCAGUGCUGCUGCCCAGGGCUGGUUGGUGCGUGCACUCUCCCUUGGGGACGUGGCACGCAUCCUGGAACCCAUGCUCCUGCUGCUGCUCCAGCCCAAAACCCAGAGGACCUCCAUCCACUGUCUCAAGCAGGAGAACUCAGCCGAGGACUUACAUCGUUGGUUUAACAGGAAGAGGCACACAUUCAAAGAGGCGUGUGGGAUAUCUGAGCCGCAAGAGGGCACCUCUGAGGAGCACCUGCCUCUUGGCCAAUUCACCACAGUGGAUCGUGAAGCCAUCUGGGCUGAAGUAGAGAAGGAACCAGAAAAAUGCCCACCAAGAAGUGAUUUGAGCGAGGAAGACAUGCCCUACUACAUGGACCUUCCAGACAGGAUAGCCUCUUGUGGCCCUGACAGCAGCGAGCACACGGAGUCUGCAGACACGAGCUCUGUCCACACUGACAGUGAAAACACGUCCACUUUCUCAUCUCCCUCCCACGACCUACAGGACCUGAGCCACGAGGAGAACUGCUGUGCACCCAUACCCAUCGGGGGCAAGGCCUACUCGAAGCGAGCAGCCUUGCUGCCAACCUUGCAGCCAGAAAGCCUCAAGUCCAGUGCCAAGUUAGGCCUAGUGCGAGCAGACUCUGACAAGACACAGGCUUCCGAGUCGCUCUCCAGCGAUGAGGAGGCUGAUGUGGAGCUCCAAGCCAUUACCACCACAUCGAGGCUGUUGAGGCAGCAGAAGGAGAAGCAGGAGUCCCUCGAGGCCUUGUUCAAACACAUCUUGCUCUACCUGCAGCCCUACGACUCCCAGAGGGUCCUCUAUGCCUUCUCUGUGCUGGAGGCUGUGCUUAAGACCAACCCCAAGGAGUUCAUCGAGGCCGUGUCCAGGACUGGCAUAGACACCAGCUCCACCGCUCACCUCAACCUCAUCUCCAAUCUCCUGGCACGCCACCAGGAGGCUCUCGUUGGCCAGAGUUUUUAUGGCAAGCUGCAGACCCAGGCCCCCAAUGUGUGCCCCCACUCGCUGCUAAUUGAGCUCCUCACCUACCUCUGCCUGAGCUUCCUGCGUUCCUACUACCCCUGCUACCUGAAGGUCUGCCACAGGGACGUCCUUGGCAACCGCGACGUGCAGGUCAAGAGUGUGGAGGUCCUGAUCAGGAUAACGACACAGCUGGUCUCGGUGGCCAAGUCCUCAGAAGGGAAGAAUGUGGAGUUUAUCCACAGCCUGCUGCAGAAGUGCAAGGUGCAGGAGUUUGUCCUGCUCUCGCUGUCGGCAUCCAUGUAUACCAGCCAGAAGCGCUAUGGCCUGGCCACCGCUGACCGAGGCAGGGUCCCGAUGGAGGUCAGCCUCUUUGAGGAGAGCCUCAUCAACCUGGGGCAGGACCAAAUUUGGAGCGAGCACCCGCUGCAGAUUGAGCUACUCAAGCUUCUGCAAGCGCUGAUCGUCCUGGAGCACCACCUGGGCCAGGGUCAGGAGGAUGCCCAGAGUCAGCCGGCCCUGUCCCGAGAGUGGCAGAGGGCCCUCAACUUUCAGCAGGCCAUUGGUGCCAUGCAGUACGUGCAGCCACACCCCCUCCCCUCCCAGGGCCUGCUGGUCUCCGCUGUGGUGAGGGGUCUGCAGCCUGCCUAUGGGUAUGGCAUGCACCCCGCCUGGGUGAGCCUGGUCACACACUCCUUACCGUACUUUGGAAAGUCUCUGGGCUGGACAGUGACACCCUUUGUUAUCCAGAUUUGCAAAAAUUUGGACGAGCUGGUGAAGCAGUAUGAGAGCGAGUCUGUCAAGCUGUCCGUCAGCACAACCUCAAAAAAGGAAAACAUCUCUCCGGAUUACCCACUCACUCUUCUAGAAGGUCUAACAACCAUUAGCCAUUUCUGUCUUUUGGAACAGCCCACCCAACACAAAAAGACUGCUGCCAUCAGUGACCCAAUCAACCUGAGGAAUGCCAAGAACGCCAUCUUGGAAGAGCUGCCCCGAAUUGUGAAUACCAUGGCCCUUAUCUGGAAUGUCCUCAGAAAGGAGGACACUCAGAAGAGACCCGUGGACCUCCUGGGAGCCACGAAAGGAUCCUCCUCCGUCUACUUCAAAACCACCAAGACCAUAAGACAAAAGAUUUUAGAUUUGCUGAACCCGUUGACAGCCCAUCUCGGGGUUCAGCUGAUAGCUGCCGUGGCUACAGUGUGGAGCAGGAAGCAAGCUCGGCGCCACAGCAAGACGAAGAUAGUCCCCAUGGCAAGUGCAUCCCAGCACACACUUGUCGACCUGGUUUGUGCUCUCAGCACCCUGCAGACAGAUUCGGUGCUGCAGCUGGUGAAGGAGGUGGUGAAGAGACCACUGCAGAUCAAGGGGGAUGAGAAGUCGCCCUUGGUGGACAUUCCUGUGUUGCAGUUCUGCUACGCUUUCAUUCAGAGGCUCUCGAUACCAGACUUGCAGGAGAACUUCCCUUCACUCCUGGGUGUCCUGAAGGAGUCUGUGCAGCUGAACCUGGCUCCCCCUGGGUAUUUUUUGCUUCUCAGCAUACUUAAUGACUUCGUGACCAGAACACCCAACCCGGAAAGCAAGAAGGAUCAAAAAGACCUUCAGGAAAUCACUCAGAAAAUCCUGGAAGCGAUAGGGACCAUUGCUGGCUCCUCCUUGGAACAAACCAGCUGGCUCAGCAGAAACCUGGAGGUGAGAGCCCAGCCUCAGGUCUCUCUGGAAGAGUCUGACGCUGAAGACGAUGAGCACGCAGACACAGAUGCUGCUGUGGCUUCCGCAAUGGUGUCAGCUUCUGCUCCCUCUGUUUACAGUGUGCAAGCACUCUCUCUCUUGGCAGAGGUUCUGGCUUCUCUCCUGGACAUGGUUUAUCGAAGUGAUGAGAAAGAGAAGGCCGUGCCAUUGAUCUCCCGUUUGCUGUAUUACGUGUUUCCUUACCUGCGCAACCACAGUGCAUACAAUGCUCCCAGCUUCCGAGCCGGUGCCCAGCUGCUGAGCUCCCUGAGCGGCUAUGCCUAUACCAAACGGGCCUGGAAGAAGGAAGUGCUGGAGCUGUUUCUGGACCCUGCUUUCUUCCAGAUGGACACUUCUUGUGCUCACUGGAAGUCCAUUAUUGACCAUCUUCUGACUCAUGAGAAAACAAUGUUUAAGGAUUUAAUGAACAUGCAGAGCAGCUCCCUGAAGCUGUUCUCCAGUGUUGAUCAGAAGGCCAUGCUGCUGAAGCGACAGGCUUUUGCUGUCUUCAGUGGCGAGCUUGACCAGUACCACCUCUACCUUCCUCUGAUACAAGAGCGCCUGACAGACAACCUCAGAGUCGGACAGACAUCCACAGUCGCUGCUCAGAUGUUUCUUUUUUUCAGAGUUCUGCUGCUAAGAAUAUCUCCCCAGCAUCUGACCUCACUGUGGCCAAUCAUGGUCUCCGAACUGAUCCAGACAUUCCUACAGCUUGAAGAGGAUCUCAAAGAGGAAGAUGAAUCUCUGAGAAACAGCAACAAAACAAACCGAAUAAAAGUCCCAGUUGCUGAUGGGAAUGGGCCUUCAGGUGGGACUGUGUCCCCAGGUGACCUCAUCAUGUACCUCUCUGCUUGCAAAUUCCUGGACACUGCGCUCUCUUUCCCGCCUGACAAGAUGCCGCUGUUUCAGAUUUAUAGAUGGGCGUUUGUCCCGGAAGUGGACACUGAGCACCCCACCUUCCUGUCGGAGCUAGAAGAGAACCACCAAGAGUGCAGACCCCACACUGUCCGGAUCCUAGAACUUCUAAGAUCAAAAUACGGGGAAACUGGCAGCUCUGAUGAGAUCACCAGGGAGAGCGAGUUCCCUCUUCUGCGCCAACAUUCCGUUUCUAGCAUCAGGCAGUUGAUACCGUUCUUCAAGACAUUAAACUGUGCUUUCAAGACCCAAAGCCACCUGCCCUCUGAUGCUCCAGGAACCUCAGUGCCGGAGCUCCCUGUGGUCGACAGUCCGAGGGUCCUGCGGCAGCUGGAGGAGUGCGUGGAGCAUGACUUCCUCGAGUAUCCAGAGUGUUAGCACCCGAGGAGGGCUUCCUCGUUGGUCUUUCUCCCCAUCCCUGAAGGAGGACGACAGGGAUGUCCUGUGGAGAAGAUGGGGACUGGGCAAUUUGAACCAAGUCUACCACAGUCCUGAAUGUCCAUACAGGUAUUUUCUGUUCAGCAGCCAAACAGGCCUCCUUUAAAUGCCUUGUAAUAUACGUCAAUCUCAGUUUGUGUUUCUUCUUCAAUGUAUGUAAUGGAAAUAAAAUUAAUAUAUCAUAUAAGCACACACAA